UCACUGAAGCUGCUUCUCCUUCGCCGGUCCACAGAAACAGACGGCAGCGAUGGAGGAAGAGUUAAAAUGCCCCGUUUGCGGUUCCCUCUUCAAGGACCCUAUCCUGCUGCCCUGCUCCCACAAUGUCUGCCUGGCCUGCGCCCGGAACAUCACCGUGCAGACCCCGGACGGAGAGACCCCUGUGCAGAGCCGAGCCUCGGGCAGCUCUGACUACGACUACCUGGACAUGGACAAGAUGAGUCUGUACAGCGAGACGGACAGCGGAUACGGCUCCUACACGCCGUGCCAGCUUAAGUCUCCAAACGGGGUCCGGGUGUUUCCUCCAGCCGUCCCCCUCCGACACUGCUCCCUCACCUGCCCACUGUGUCACCGGAGCGUCUCUCUGGAUGAGCGCGGGCUGCGGGGUUUCCCUCGGAACCGGCUUCUCGAGGCUAUCGUGGCGCGGUACCAGCAGAACCGCGCCGCCUCCGCUUCCGCCGCCUCUUCUUCCUCCACAGCGGUGAAGUGCCAGUUGUGCGACCGUAACCCGGUGGACGCGACGGUGAUGUGCGAGCAGUGCGACGUCUAUUACUGCAACGCCUGCCAGCAGCGGUGUCACCCUUCCCGCGGUCCGCUCGCCAAACACCGCCUGGUACCACCGAGGAGCCAAGCGGCAGGAGGAGGCGCGGCAAGCGGAGGAGGCAGCGGCGGCAGCGUUGGUGGUGGUGGGGGAGGCAGCGAAGGUCAACAGCCGCCUGCUACCGCGAGGAAACCGGCCACUUGUAUUGACCAUGAAGCGGAAAACUUCAGCAUGUACUGCUGCAGCUGCAAGAUCCCCGUGUGUAUGAAGUGUCUGCAGGAGGGAAAACACGCCAAACACGACGUGAAAACGCUGGCUAUGAUGUGGAAACAACACAAGUGCCAGCUGUCCCAGGCCCUGAACGGGAUCUCUGACAAAGCUAAAGAUGCAAAGGAGUUCCUGGUUCAGCUGAAGAACAUGCUGCAGCAGAUACAGGAGAGCGGUGUGGAGUUUGAAGCGUGCGUCGUGGCCCAGUGUGACUCUCUUAUCGAGGCGCUCACCAGACAGAAAGCCAAACUGCUCACCAAAGUCACCAAGGAGAAGGAGUACAAGCAAAAGGUGGUACGUGACCAGAUCACCCACUGCACCAUGAAGCUUCGUCAGACCACUGGCAUGAUGGAGUACUGUCUGGAAGUCCUCAAGGAGAACGAUCCCAGUGGUUUCCUGCAGAUCUCUGAUGCCCUGAUAAAGCGGGUGACAUCGUCUCAGGACCAGUGGGUGAAAGGGGCCCUGGAGCCAAAAGUGCGCCCCGAGUUUGACCUCACCCUCACCACAGACUCGCUGAUGCAGACCAUCCUGCAGCUGGACUUCUGCCAGGGCAAAGCAGUGGAGGCCGGACCCCUGGUGCCAGCAGCUCCUCUCCUGCAAAUGGAAAAGUGCUGCACGAGGAACAACAGCGCCACCCUGGCCUGGAGGGUAACUGCGCACCCUAGCAACCCUAUUGAAGGCUACAUCCUGGAGCUGGAUGAUGGGAACGGAGGACAGUACAGGGAGGUAUAUGUGGGGAAGGAGACAGUGUGCACCGUGGAUGGCCUCCAUUUUAACAGCUCCUACAAUGCAAGGGUGAAAGCUUACAAUGCCAUCGGUGUUGGGCCGUACAGCAAGACUGUGGUGCUCAAGACCUCUGAUGUGGCCUGGUUCACCUUCGAUCCCAGCACAGCUCACCGUGACAUCGUUCUGACCAAUGACAACCAGACCGUCUCCUGUAACAGCUACGACGACCGCGUGGUUCUGGGAACGGCUGCUUUCUCCAAAGGUAUCCACUACUGGGAGGUCUGCAUCGAUCGCUACGACAACCACCCAGACCCCGCUUUUGGCGUGGCACGAAUCAACACCAUGAAAGACAUGAUGCUGGGGAAAGAUGACAAAGCGUGGGCUAUGUAUGUGGACAACAACCGCUCCUGGUUCAUGCACAACAACUCCCACACCAACAGGGCAGAGGGAGGCAUCACUAAGGGCUCGGCUGUUGGCGUUCUGCUGGAUCUGACCAAACACACUCUGACUUUCUUCAUCAACAAGCAGCAGCACGGACCCACUGCCUUUGAGGGCCUGGAUGGGGUCUUUGUUCCUGCCGUCAGCCUCAACAGAAAUGUACAGGUCACCUUACUGACAGGCCUGGAGGUGCCAAAGCAUAUCAAACAGUAGAAGACCCGUCCUCCCCCUGUGCGUGUCCUGGAUUCAAACCAACGAUGACAUACACAGUUUGGCUCCCACACGGACCUUUUUCCCGUCACGUCAAACCUCUCCCAUCUUCUCAAGGUGCCCUUUGUCUCGGAGUGUGAAGCCCUGAAGUUAAAAGAAUAAAUUUGAGUCAAUUUUUGCUAUAAACAUGAUGGCUGAAGGUUUUGGAAAUUACUGCAGAGAUUACUAAAGAUGCUAUAGGUUAUCAUACUUCUUCAUAUCCCUGUUUAAGCCCAAUAAUCCUUACAAAACUGUCAGGAAUUGCAAUUUUUAAAGAAAUUGCAACCCUAAAUUUCCUGUCAAUGUUGGAAACUUAGACUUUAAGAUUCCCAACAUGGUGCAGAGAAUAAUAUUGUGCUAGAAAGUCAAUUUUAACCAAUAAAUCUGAUAUAUUUAGAGAAAAACAACACCACAGUCCACAAAAAGCUGCAUUUAGGAGUUGACACAUAUGAGUGUGAAACAGCUUAUUGUUCUGUUUCUCUCUCAGGUGUGUUUACAGCUCACAGCCAAAAACUCAGAGUGUUUUGCAGAAGCUGUAGUGGCACCGCAGGAUGUUUCACUCAUGAAAUAUUUAAAAGCUAAACUUUCUCUUCUAUCUCAGUUGUGGCUCGCUGCUCUCCAUCUCCUCUAUCUUAUACAAAGUGUCAUAAACAUUGUUUGGCACUGUUUGUCUGAGAGGUUUACACGCUGAGCUCAUGCUUGGAGGGAACAGGCUCAGCUCCAUUUCAAUUUUCAGUGAUGUGACAGAUCUGCAGAGGACAGGAGGAGGACGCCCUGCAGAAGAGGUGCAUAAUUUUGCACUUGAAGUGCUGAUUAUGAUGCAUAUUUAGCUGGUCAGUAUGCUCUGAAACAGGCUUGUUUGUUAUGGUUGUGAUACUGAAGUGGCUUUUCAUUGUGAGAUUAAGAAAGGUGGUAAUUAGGGACACUUGAGUGCUUGCUGUUUGGUCGUAUAGCUUCACAGUUAAAAGGAAUUCCCUGUGUUUUUUGCUGUAUGAUAUAAAUAUGAAUUGACACCGUAAUUAGUGUUGUUUGGGGGUGCUCGUUAGUGGAUAUUUUUUCCUUCAAACAGUGCCAGACUGGCUGUUUCUCUCAGUUCAUGCAAAGCGUAGCUGACCAGCUGCCAAAUUCAUAUUCAAGCAGCAGAAAUGAGAGUAGUAUAGAUCUCCAAAUCCCACUUUUGGAUAGAGUAAAAAGGAGCAUAUUUUAAGGAAUGCCUACUGUUUACUUGUGUAGUGUUUUUAUGUUUAAUUCAAACAGCUAUGAAAUAUAUAAAAGUUUAUUUUUUUUAAAUUGGUGCUAAGCAUAAAAAAGAGACAAGCCACACACUUUAUUCCACCAAGACUUCAUUUUAAUAGUCCUUGUUGUGUUAAUAUCAGAUAACCAUGCUGCAGAUGAUAAAGACCACAGGGUUGCUGCCCACUUUGUCAAAUCAAAUUCAAGACUUUUUAAGACCCAAACAAAGAAGAGAAAUAAUUUUUGCACCACAAAGCAGACUUGCCUUGUGUCCCGUUGUCCUGAGAAUAAACGACUUUUUUGCAUAUCUUGCAAAUUGCCUCAUAAUUACUGUUUAACCCAGCAAUUACUAAUUCUCAGUCAACUUUACCUUGAAGCCAAAUUCCCAUAAACUUGCAUUUCCCUGUCUUUCUUUUUCUAUUAGUGGCUUGUGAACAAAAAUAUAAUAUAGUACCUAUAAAAGUAUUCCUCCUUUGGAUGUUUUCCCCCUUUCAUCAAUUUGAUAAAUCAAUCAGGGUCAGGGUUAGCUUUUCAAUCAGGCUUGCACAUCUGGACACUGCAAUUUUACUCCAUUCUUCUUUGCAAAACUGCACAAGCUUGGCCAGGUUACAUGGGGAUCAAGAGCGAACAGCCCUAGAGGUCUGGGCUUUGACUCAGCCACUCCAGAAUAUUCACCUUGUUGUCUUGAAGCAUUUCUGUGUAGCUUUCUCUGUAUGCUUUUGGUCUUGGCCGGCUGUUGAGAAGCAUCCCCACAGCAUGAUGCUGCGACCACCGUGCUUCACAGUGAGGAUGUUUGUGGCGUCUUGUCUAAUAGCUGAAAAGAACCAUUUUGGUCUCAUCAGACCAAAGAACUUUCUCCCACUUGACCAUGGGGUCUCCCACAUGCCCUUUUUUGAACUCUAGUCCAGAUUUAAGUUUUCUUCAACAGUGGUUUUCUCUUUGCCACUCUCUCAUUAAACUUUGACUGCUGAAGAACCCUAGCAACAGUAGGUGUAUGCAGUCUCUCUCAUCUCAGCUGCUGAAGCUUGUAACUCCUUCAGAGUAGUCAGGUGUCUUUGUGCCCUCUCACACUAGUCUCACUCAGUUUGUGAAGACGGCCUGAUCUAGGCAGAUUUACA